UCAAUAUGAUAAUAAUAAUAAAAAAUCAAGAUGGCGCUCAAGGCGGUGGUCGGUCAAAGGAUUAUGAAUGAGGUGUUUGCUCCUCUGAGGAAGAGAAACGAAUGGAAGGUUCUAGUAGUGGAUCAACUGAGUAUGCGCAUACUGUCAUCAUGUUGUCGCAUGAAGGAUAUGACCAAUCUAGGCGUCACCUUGGUGGAAGACUUGAUGAAGAAACGCGAACCCAUUCGGACGUUGGAGUCCAUCUACAUCAUGCAGCCUUCGGAAAAGUCUAUUGCACAGCUAAUCAACGACUUCAAGGAGCCUCUCAGUCCUCAGUAUAAGUAUGCCCACGUCUUCUUCACAGAAUGUUGUCCCAACGAGCUAUUUAGCACACUGAACAAGAGCCCUGCCAAAUCCAAAAUUUUGACGCUGAAGGAAAUCAACAUUGCUUUCAUGCCGUAUGAAUCCUCGGUGUACUCUCUUGACUCGCCGGAGAGCUUCAACAGCUUCUACAACCCAGUCCGCAUGGGUGGAAGCUCCAUCAUGAUUGAGAGAAUGGCCGAACAGAUUGCUACGCUGUGUGCAUCACUUGGAGAAUAUCCUGCCAUCCGAUAUCGCGGUGAGUUUGAUCGUAACUUGGAGGUAGCACAGAUGAUUCAGAGCAAGUUGGAUGCGUACAAAGCAGACGAGCCCACCAUGGGAGAGGGUCCAGAGAAACACCGCUCCCAGCUGAUUGUCCUUGACCGUGGCUUUGACCCCGUGUCACCUUUGCUCCACGAGCUGACCUUUCAAGCUAUGGCCAAUGACCUCUUGCCCAUCGAGAACGACGUCUACAGGUACGAAGCAAGCGGUAGCGAAAUGAACGACCAGGAAGUCCUCCUGGAUGAGAACGACGAUCUGUGGAUUAGUCUGCGUCACCAGCACAUUGCAGAUGUCUCACAGGCCAUCACAACUCAAUUGAAGAACUUUGCCAAAGCCAAGAUUGGUGGCAAGAUGGGCUCAGGGGGCGAGAAGACGAGUGUGCGUGAUUUGUCUCAGAUGUUGAAGAAGAUGCCCCAGUAUCAGAAAGAUAUGAGAAAGUAUUCCACCCACUUACGUCUGGCUGAGGACUGCAUGAAACAGUUCAAGCCGCUGGUGGAGAGCCUGUGCCGCGUGGAACAAGACCUGGCCCUGGGCACCAACCCGGAGGGGGAGAAGGUCAAAGAUCAGAUGAGGAACAUCGUCCCAAUCUUGCUGGAGCAGAAAUACUCCGCCUACGACAAGCUGCGCAUCAUUCUGCUUUACGUCAUCGGCAAAAAUGGUAUCAGUGAGGAGAAUAUGAACAAACUCAUCCAGCAUGCCCAGAUUCCUGAGCCUGAGAAGCCUAUCGUCACUAACAUGAAACAUCUGGGAGUCCAAAUCAUCUUUGAUCCUAAAGCUCGCAAGCCAAAGGUUGCAGACAGAACACACCGCAUCACUGAACACACCUACCAGCUGUCACGAUGGACACCGGUAGUCAAGGACAUCAUGGAGGACACCAUCACCGAUCGGCUGGACGUAAAGACCUACCCGUUCUUGUCUGGUCGUCAUUCAGCAACAACCUAUGGAGGGGGAUCCAACCCACGAAGUGCUCGUUACGGUCACUGGCAUAAGGACAAACAAGCAACCAACUACAAGAGCGGGCCACGUCUGAUUAUCUUCAUCAUCGGCGGUGUGUCUUACUCCGAGAUGAGAUGUGCUUAUGAGAUCAAUAAGAACCCACAGUUCAACAAAUGGGAGUGCUAUAUUGGAUCUACCCACAUUUUGACACCCGAGGGAUUCCUGACAGACCUUCGGGACCUCAGCAACAGCUGAAUGCUGGCAAGCACCAAUCACAGGCCCCUUCGGCCGGGCAACUACCAAUCAGAACCCGGCAAAUUGUCCAACCGACCCAGCCAGUGUUUGCCGCUACCUCCUCCACCUCCACCGUCAGCAUCAUCGUCAUCGUCAUCGUCCGGUAGGAUAUAUGGUCGAUUCUCUCAAUACGGUAGUUUGGGCCAGCAUUUCUCAAUGUCUAACAAUAACGGCAACAACUCAGAUAAGCACAUGCUGUUGCGGGAUUGAUCAGAACAAAACAAUUGGACAGUUUAUCACCUGCGAGGAGCUAAAUAAUCAGCACAAAGAAGUUCAGAUUUUGAAAAUUGAGUUUGACUCUCGAGCUGCAAGGUUGGAACUGGGACAGGGUGCUUGUGUUUUUGGUAUGGCAGUACAAAAACAGCAGUGACGCGCAUUAACACUAAAACAUGAAUAGUCUCCUUGCUGGGCAGAUGUUGUCAAAGUUUUGAUCACUGUUGUAUUUUUCAAGGGAGUUUGAUUCUGUUGUCUCUGGAUCUUUUCGGCUUCCUGGUUACUUUAGAUUAAAAAAGCAAUAUGCAAUAGACCAGAAAGAAUAACUUGAUGUGUGAAAGUGGUGUGAGCAAUGUUGGAUGACAUGAAUUGUCAUUGAGACAUCUUUGUCAUUUAUUUUGUUACUGUGCAAAAUAUGUCAACGACAUAAUUAAUUUUCUUCAGGUUGUGGCAUUAAUAUGGGG